UGGGGUGUUUGGUUGGUGUUGGGGGUUUGUGUAUGUGUUGACGUUGACGUGGGUCCCAACAGCAUUUCAACCAAAUCUGAGAGACCAAUUACAAAUCUAUGUGAACGUGGCAUUUGGUGCUGUUCAGCGAAAUAAACUUUCGCAAAUAUGAUGUUCCUGGGCUUCAAUUUAUUGUAUUUUCUUUCACACUUGGCAAUUCUUUUAGUAAUACUCUUCAUUGUGCUGUGUGUUGUACUGUUGUAUAUUACGAAGCCAUAUCCUGAAGUGUUCCGAUCAGAUGCAGAGAAAUAUUUUAAAACAAUGGAUGGUAGAGAACCUUUCCCAUCACUUGCUGAGAAGUCUAGUAUUCAUUUGAGUGUUGUUGUCCCAGCAUAUGAUGAAGAAAAGAGAUUACCACCAAUGCUGGAUGAAUGCUUGGAGUUUUUAGAAAACCGUAGACUUAAGACAAAAUCCUUUGCAUAUGAGGUCAUUAUUGUUAGUGAUGGCAGUAAAGAUAGGACGGUUGAAGUAGCUUCAAAAUACUCGUCCAAAUAUGGGUCCAACAUUGUGCGUGUGCUUGAUCUUCAACCAAAUCGGGGAAAAGGUGGAGCUGUGAGACUUGGGAUGCAGUCUGCCCGAGGUGCUGUGAUUUUAUUUGCUGAUGCCGAUGGUGCCACCAAGUUCUCUGAUUUAAUCAAGCUUGAAGAUGAGUUGCAGAAACUUCUUGGAGUUGAUUACCUUACAUCACCUGAAAAAGUUGCUGUAAAGGAUGCCAUUGUGUGCGGAUCAAGAGCCCAUUUAGAAGAUGAGGCUGUUGCUUCGCGGUCCAUGUUUCGUACUUUCUUAAUGUAUGGCUUCCAUAUGCUUGUGUGGUUGUUGACUGUGAGGGGCAUUAGGGACACUCAAUGUGGCUUUAAGCUGUUGACAAGGUCAGCUGCCUCUACGUGUUUCCGUAGUUUGCAUGUUGAGCGCUGGGCAUUUGAUGUAGAGCUUUUAUACAUAGCUCAAAAGUUACGUUUCCCAAUAGGUGAAAUAGCUGUUAACUGGACAGAAAUUGAAGGUUCAAAAGUUGUUCCCGUCUGGAGCUGGCUUCAGAUGGGACGUGAUUUGUUUCUCAUUUGGUUAAGGUAUCAAAUUGGAGCCUGGAAGCUAAAAGCUGAUUAAUCCCUAAAAUAUUACAUCAUUUGCUAAAAUGUUUUCUUUUUCUUAAAUCAAACUAAUCGUAGCAGUGCAUAUUUGGAAUUUGAGAGAUUUGAAAACGGAAAAAGAACUGGAUUUCACCAAGAAAUAUGUUUUUAUACCAGAUGUAUACCAUGAGACCUGUUUUUUUCUCUUGUGGAUUGGCUAUCGAAGCCCUUUACUGCACUGAGUGCAGGGCCUGAAAUGAGGUGUCUCGUCACACUUCAACUUGCAUUAAACAGUGAAAGUGGCUGCCUACCAGAGGAAUUAACAUAAAUUAACUUUCCUUGGCUGUCACCUGGUCAGAUCUAAAUGCAGUUAGUUUAAAGUGAGAUUAAAUCCAAUAUUUGUGGAAUUUGUUUACUCUAUUUUGUUAUUAAUGUAGUGUGUUUCAGUUUUCUGUGAAAACACAGUAUUCACUCACAACUUGGUGAGGUAUUUGUAUUAUUUGAUAGCUGUCAAGUAGCCCAAUAAUAUGCAUAUCCUUGUAAUCAUAAGAACUGUGUGUUGUGUGUUUGUAUCUACAACCCAGUGAGAAAUAUGUGUCAAAACAUAGUCAACACAAAAUUAUAUCAGUGCCUUUUUGAUAUCUCAAUAAUAUUGAUCAAGGCCUCAUUUUGCAGUAUAGGAUUGUUUGUGCACCCAUGCAUUUGACAUUACUGAUUUCCUUAAAUGUCCUGAAGCAUUCCAAAUAAAAUCCAAGUACAUAUAUGACUAAUUUAGAAAAUGUUAAAUUUCUAAAAACUAUUCAAUGUUUCAUUUGAUGCUAUAAUACAUCACUAGUAUUCACUUAGCCCUGGCGAACCUCCCAUUCAAGGUUCCCUUGAAAUAAAUGUUGGAAGCUCUUAAUUUCUGUUUGAAAGUUCCUAACGAAUUGCCUUAGCAUACAGAUUAGUAAGUGCCCGGAGCCAAAGACCAAAAUUCUCUUACUGAUAUAUGAGCUUCCUGUACUUGUAACUACAGGAUUUUUUGACUAUUUUUCAUUGUUUAUAGGAAUUAUUACUUUCUAUCUCAUGUAUGUGAUAUUAAUUAAGUAAGAGGACAAAGGAUAAAAGCAAGUUUCAUUAUGUUAUGUUUCUCUUUCUUGAAACUUUCAAGGGGAGAGUGGAGAAAACACUUAUUUUAACACUAAACUGUAAAACCUUGUUGAAUAUGAUGUACCGGUAAUCAGUCUUUCUGAAUCAAUAUAAACAUGAACAAGCUG